CCCGAGGGGGUGGGCGAUAGGAGGGGAGUUUGGGGUUGGCGCCGCGGCGAGGGGGCCCCUCCCUUGCACCUCCCCCCCACGGACUUGGUCGCGCCCGAAGUGUAACACUUUCUCUUUGUCGGAGGAGCUCCGCUGUUUCCUGUGCUUGGCUCUCAGCGGUGCCGGUGGUAGCCCUGGAGGACGCAGGAGCGAUGGCAGCGACCGAUAUAGCUCGCCAGGUGGGUGAAGGUUGCCGAACUGUCCCCCUGGCUGGACAUGUGGGGUUUGACAGCUUGCCUGACCAGCUGGUGAAUAAGUCAGUGAGCCAGGGCUUCUGCUUCAACAUCCUGUGUGUGGGAGAAACAGGUUUGGGCAAGUCCACGCUGAUGGACACCCUAUUCAACACCAAGUUCGAGGGCGAGCCAGCCACGCACACACAGCCUGGAGUCCAGCUUCGCGCCAGUACCUAUGACCUUCAAGAGAGCAACGUGGGGCUCAAGCUUACCAUUGUUAGCACAGUGGGUUUUGGGGAUCAGAUCAACAAAGAGGACAGCUACAAGCCCAUUGUGGAAUUCAUCGACGCCCAAUUCGAGGCUUACCUGCAAGAGGAGCUGAAGAUCCGUAGGGUUCUGCAUUCCUACCAUGACUCCCGCAUCCACGCCUGCUUGUACUUCAUUGCCCCCACUGGCCACUCCCUGAAGUCGCUGGACCUGGUGACCAUGAAGAAGCUGGACAGUAAAGUGAAUAUCAUCCCCAUCAUUGCCAAAUCAGAUGCCAUUUCUAAGAGUGAGCUAACCAAGUUCAAAAUCAAAAUCACCAGCGAGCUUGUCAGCAAUGGUGUCCAGAUCUAUCAGUUUCCUACAGAUGAUGAGUCGGUGGCAGAGAUCAAUGGAACCAUGAAUGCCCACCUGCCUUUUGCUGUCAUCGGCAGCACAGAAGAGCUGAAGAUAGGAAACAAGAUGAUGAAGGCGCGGCAGUAUCCUUGGGGCACAGUCCAGGUUGAGAACGAGGCCCACUGCGACUUCGUGAAGCUGCGGGAGAUGCUGAUCCGGGUGAACAUGGAGGAUCUGCGGGAGCAGACACACAGUCGCCACUAUGAGCUGUACCGCCGCUGUAAACUGGAGGAGAUGGGCUUCAAGGACACAGACCCUGACAGCAAACCCUUCAGUUUACAGGAAACAUAUGAAGCCAAAAGGAAUGAAUUCCUGGGGGAACUGCAGAAAAAAGAAGAGGAGAUGAGACAGAUGUUUGUGCAGAGAGUCAAAGAGAAAGAAGCUGAACUCAAAGAGGCAGAGAAAGAGUUGCAUGAGAAGUUUGACCGUCUAAAGAAACUCCACCAGGAUGAGAAGAAGAAGUUGGAGGAUAAGAAGAAAUCGCUGGAUGAUGAAGUGAAUGCUUUUAAGCAGAGAAAGACAGCGGCUGAGUUGCUCCAGUCCCAGGGCUCUCAGGCUGGAGGCUCCCAGACUCUGAAAAGGGACAAAGAGAAGAAAAACUUUUUUUAAUCUUGUCUUCAGCACCUGCACUAAGUCUCGCGGAGAAGACUGCCAUUCUAGAAGAGUUAGGGUUCCAUAUUGUCUCCAAAUACACCCAGCAGUCCCCUCUCCCUCCAACUGCGUGCGUAGACACCCAUAUACACCACACACGUGCUCACGUGUCCCUGUGUCCAGGCAAGAAGCUCUUCUUACUUACAUGGUCUUUUCCAUGGAAGUGUCUUGUCCUAAUCUACCAAGGCAGGAACAGAACUAUCAGAGUUGGAGGAAAUGGACCCAAUGUCACCCCCAAAGAACCCAUUGCAGGAACAACUCACCCAAGUGUAAGUGCCUGGGGCAGGAUACCUCAGCUGUGGGUGCCAAAAUGCUGGUCACAGAUUUGGCUUUGAGUUCUUUUUCCAUUUUCAACCAUCAUGGGUUGACGCUUUAUGGCCACUCUUCUGAACAUGGAGGUGCAAUCCCAGUGAUAUUCAGGUCCGUUUCAUACUUUCUACAUCUGCAAAGUUCCAGCAAGGGGGGAAAUGGAUUCAGCCACUAGUUUAACCUUGAGGGAAGAAGGCGGAAACCAGAGGGGGCCUGGGGAAUCAGCUCAGAGUAAAAUACCUCCAGACACUCUUCCAAGGCCAGCAGGGGUUUCAAGAGAGGAGAGGUUUCUGCUUCUCCCAGGGAUCUGGAAGGAGAACUUCGAGAUGGUGAUCGAAUGGCCUUGAUUCCAGUUGGCUGCACUGGCGUCAAGACCCCAACUGAAUGUGCUCCUUCCUGCUGCUCCCUUCAACUGUUUUACUGUCCCUGUCUCUUGAGAGAGCCUCUUUGCAUGUGUUCCUAAAAUCUGUGUGUGUGUUUCCCUCUCUUCUUUGUUCUUUUUUUUUGGCUCAAAGGUGUGACCAGUUCACUGCCCCUUGGGGCUUUCAUUUACCAGGAGAAGCAUCCCGAAACCAGCACUGUUGAGCUUGAGACCUUUCUAAUGUCUGUGUCAAUUUUCAAUAAAACUCAAAAGAAAUCCUCAA